GCUGUGCUUUGUAGAGGCAAAAUGACAGACCAGCAGGGAACCCCAGACCAGCUGCCUGCAGAGAAGGGCCAAGGAGGGGCUGGAGCCACAUAUAAGUUGGCCGUUUUUGAGUUCGAGAACUUUCGUGGAAAAAAGGUGGAGUUGUCUGGUGAAUGUAAAGAUGUGUUGGAGAAGACGCAGAGAGUUGGCUCGGUCAUCGUGGAGUCAGGACCAUGGGUGGGGUUUGAGCGUCCAGACUUUGCAGGAGAGCAGUUUGUGCUGGAGAAAGGAGAGUAUCCUCGCUGGAGCACCUGGACCAACUACAUGACUAGCUACAAUCUGAGCUCAUUCAGGCCUCUGAAAGUGGACAGUGCAGAGCAUAAGCUGCACCUGUUUGAGAAUACAGGCUUUGAAGGUAGAAAGAUGGAGAUUGUUGAUGAUGAUGUCCCCAGUCUGUGGGCUCAUGGUUUCCAGGACCGUGUGGCCAGUGCUAAGGCUAUCAAUGGAACGUGGGUGGGAUACAUGUAUCCAGGCUACAGAGGGUGCCAGUAUGUGUUUGAGCAUGGAGAUUUCAAGCACUGGAACGAUUGGGGAGCCACUGCACCUCAGAUCCAGUCCGUCCGACGUGUGCGGGACAUGCAGUGGCACAAGAGAGGGUGCUAUGUUGCCCCUGCCCCUACACCUCCAAAUCCUACCCCCACCCCUAACCCCGCCCCCACCCCUAAUCCCAACCCUAACCCCACCCCCAAUCCUAACCCUGCUCCCAACCCCAAAUCCCAAACUCAACCCCAACCUUAA